AUGCUCUUCCUCUGGCUCUAUAUGUUCUACUCGUGCGCCGGCUCCUGCGCCGGGCUCGCCGCCCCGCCGCUGCUCCCGCUGCUGCCGGGAGAGCCGAGCGAGGAGAGCAGCCUGGAGGAGCAGCGGGCAGCGCCCGACGCCGGCAGCCCCAUCUCCAGCUUCUUCAACAGCUCCGGUACCAAGCGGCUGCCGCAGGCCAUCAUCAUCGGCGUGAAGAAGGGGGGGACGCGGGCGCUGCUGGAGUUCCUGCGGGUGCACCCCGACGUGCGCGCCGUCGGUGCCGAGCCCCACUUCUUCGACCGCAACUACGAGCGGGGACUCGCCUGGUACAGGGAGCUGAUGCCCAGGACCCUGGAGGGACAGAUCACCAUGGAGAAGACCCCCAGCUACUUCGUCACCAAGGAGGCCCCGGCGCGCAUCUCCUCCAUGUGCAAGGGCACCAAGCUGAUCGUGGUGGUGCGGGACCCCGUGACCAGAGCCAUCUCGGACUACACCCAGACGCUCUCCAAGAAACCUGACAUCCCCACCUUCGAGAGCCUGACCUUCAAAAACAGGACUACGGGCCUGAUUGACACCUCGUGGAGCGCCAUCCAGAUCGGCAUCUACGCCAAGCACCUGGAGAACUGGCUCCUCCACUUCCCCAUCGGGCAGAUCCUCUUUGUCAGCGGGGAGAGGCUGAUCAGCGACCCUGCGGGGGAGCUGGGCAGGGUCCAGGACUUUCUGGGCCUCAAGAGGAUCAUCACCGACAAACACUUCUACUUUAACAAAACCGGGAAUCUCCUGCUUUUCUGCUUCUUUGUUAAUAAUCCCCCUCAAAUCCCUAAAUCAAUGGGAAAUUGA